AUGGAGAAGAAAAGGGUGGUUUUACAAUCACUUCUUGUGAUGGCUGCAUUGCUCUUCUGCAUGGCAAAUGUGUCAUCUGCUGAGUCUAAUGUCAAGAUUGAAGACCAUCUUACAGACUCUGAGGUGGUAAAAGGACCCAAUAGAAGGCUUUUCUCAUUUGUGGACUGUGGAGGAAGGUGCAAGGUGAGGUGUAGUUUGCACUCAAGGCCAAAUGUUUGCACCAGAGCUUGUGAGACAUGCUGUGCAAGGUGCAAGUGUGUUCCUCCAGGAACUUAUGGCAACAGAGAAAUGUGUGGGAGUUGUUACACUGACAUGAUGACUCAUGGCAACAAGCCCAAGUGCCCCUAG